AUGACACUGGCUGAUCAAACAGUAUUGGUAAAAAUCAAUGCCGCUUUAACGAUGAUUAUGUUUGUUGGAGGUUUUAUCAAUAGUAUUUUAUCUAUAUUAACAUUUAAAAAUAAAGAUUUACGACAAGUUGGAUGUGGCAUCUAUCUCUUGGCAUCAUCAAUUACUUCUUUACUUGCAAUCAGCAUGUUUACAGUGAAGUUUUGGUUUGUUGUUCUCACUCAAAUGGAUUUAUCGAUUCAUGUUUCUGUUGUUCGAGGAGGUUGUAUAUCGAUCGAAUUUCUUCUCAAGCUUUGUCUAUAUUUGGAUGCUUGGCUCAAUGCUUGUGUAGCCAUUGAAAGAGCGAUUCUCGUUUUCAAAGGAAUCAACUUCAAUAAACAGAAAAGUCAACAGAUUGCUCGAUGGAUAAUGCUCAUUCUACCAAUCUGUAUCAUGGGUUCAAUCAUUCACGAACCUUUACAUCGAGAAUUGUACGAGAUAAAGACAGAUACGAACCAAGUAGAUAUCGAUAGAUGGUGUGUAACUCGUUACUCUCCUCCUGUUCAACAAUACAAUACAAUCAUCCUAUUUUUUCAUCUUGUCGCUCCAUGUAUGAUCAAUCUUUGUUCUGCUUUAUUCAUCGUAUUCGGAUCAGCCCGACAACGAUCAGCAGCUCAAACAAGACGAACUUUAAAAGAACAUGUCUAUAAUCAACUUAGUGAACACAAACAAUUAUUAAUCAGCCCGAUCAUUCUUCUGAUUCUAUCCUUACCCCGUUUGAUUAUGUCGAUGUUAUCAGAAUGUGUCAAUCCAUCUAAUCAUCGAUUAUUAUUUAUUUUUGGUUAUUUCAUCUCAUUUACUCCAUCGAUGCUUAUCUUUCUUGUUUUUGUUCUUCCUUCAGCAUUGUACAGAAAAACAUUUCAAGAAUCAUUCAGACGAUGGCGUCGACUCAUUCAUCAAUAA